UAAAAAUGGUCGACAGUUGGUUGCCAUUUUAUUUGUAAAAUAGUUUCGUUUUUGGCGUCGGUUGCUGUUUUUAGAAUAAUAAGCCUUAAAUUAAUUGUGUAGCCAUUUCAUAAUUCUAUAGUUAAAUUAUCACCGAAACAAAAUGGCAGACAAAGACCGCAUAUCCUUUCUCUGUUCCGAUGAAGCGAAUGUUGAUGAACCGAAGCAAGGCAACAAUAAAGAAAACGCUAAUGCCGGGUUGAAAACGGUUGGUGUAGAAUGGGACACAAACCAGCAAAAUCAGCAACGAGCGCCAAAGUUGACCGUAUACGAACGAAACUACCAGUUCGCACGUGUCUAUGAAAAUAAGCGUUGCGCGCUGAAAGCCGAAAAGGAUGCGGUUGCGAAAAGCCAGCGUCAGUUUAAAGCAACACCGAUGCCCAUCGCACAAACUCCACCGAAAACGCAACAUUUGCCUAAAUUCACUAUCCCGUGCACGCCGUUAGUAUUGAAGCGUACACCUCAUUCCACAAGAAAGAACUGAUUUUCAUCAGAUGGGGAAUAUAUUGCCAACGUAGUCAGCAUAGUUUGUAACCGCUAGUCCGUGUUUUAGCGAAAUUUUUACCACAUUACAAUUUACUUAUCAUGUUCCGUAUCAUUUAAAAUGUUUCAUCGCUAAAUAACAAUGUAAUGAAAUGUAAUAGAAAGAAGAAUAACAUAGAGUUGUAAUAAAUGAAACGGAAAUGAUAACAUUUACUUCAGGGAAGGAGAAGUUUGUGCCAAAUUUUGUGUUGAAAAGUAUGUAAAAUUUGAUCAUAGACGUUUUAGAUGUUAAACAAAUCAAAAAGAACCUAACCAGUGGAGACGAAACGUAUUGAGAAGCAUUCAAAUUCAAACUAUUAAUUCCCAACCUUGCCGAUGGUGCGGCGUUGUCUAUUUAACUUGACUGCGUCUGGCGUAAAUUGACAGAUUGCGCUACGACGACGAAACCAUCAAAAUGUAAACAGUUGUCGGUGGCCAAAGAAGCGGUCCACCACCGCCAGAUCAUUGCCAGCCGUAGGUGAAACGUGAGCUACCGGAUUACUGCAAACAGCCGCACAGUUUUUGCAGGCUGCUGUUGCUUUUACUUCCAGCAAACUACAUAAAGUGUGAUAUCCGGUUGCAACCCUAGGUACCAGUCCCCGGUGCUUGGAGAGAGAGAGCAGACAUCCGAUACAUUCUGUGAUAUAAACCUAUACGGUCGCUUCUGUGAUACAUCCGGUUCCGGCACCAAUCAACCAUGCAAUCGGAAAACGAAACCUACCUUGGACUGGACCUCAGCACGCAAAAGUUGAAAGCGGUUUUGCUGAACGCAAAUCUGGAGAAUGUUGCACACGCGGAAGUAAAGUUUGAUUCCGAUUUGCCAGAAUUUCGUACCACCGGUGGAGUGAACGCUGGAACGGCAAAGAAUGAAUUUUAUGUACAACCGGUGAUGUGGAUUAAAGCACUCGAUAUGGUGCUGGAUCGUAUUGUGGUGCAGGGUGCCGAUCUGAGUACGAUAGUAGCAUUGAGUGGUUCCGCCCAGCAGCAUGGUUCACUGUACUGGUCCCGUUCCGGCAUUGAAACGUUGCGCAAUCUGGACGCGGAUAAAUUUCUACACACGCAGCUGGACGAUUCCGCCUUUACCGUGCACCGGACACCAAUCUGGAUGGAUGGUACUACCGGUCGGCAGUGUGAAGAAAUGGAAACGGGUGUCGGUGGCCGGGAACGCAUGGUACAGAUCACUGGUUCGCGUUGCUACGAACGGUUUACCGGGCCACAGAUUAGGCGUAUCUUUCAGCAGCGCCCGGACUGUUAUCGGAAUGCGGAACGCAUCUCGCUUGUGAGCAGCUUCCUGGCGUCGAUCUUUCUCGGCGAUAUUGCACCGAUCGACUGUUCGGACGGGUCCGGUAUGAAUCUGCUGGAUGUGCAUACACGCGACUGGUCAGACGAUUGUUUGGCCGCUUGCGCACCGGGUUUGCGUAAGAAACUGGGCGCACCGGUACCGGCCGCGACGGUCAUCGGUACCGUUGGGACGUUUUUCGUUCAGCGAUACAACUUCUCCACCGAUUGCCGGGUGGUCGCCUUCACCGGUGACAAUCUGUCCGCGUUGGCCGGCAUGAAUGUGGGAAAGGACUGGUUAGCGUUAUCCCUCGGUACAAGCGACACUGUGAUGAUGAAACUGAACGCUCCAUCGAAUCUGCAGGAAGGUCACGUUAUGGUACAUCCAACGGAUGAUGGAUUUAUGGGUUUACUUUGCUUUCGCAAUGGUUCGCUGGUGCGCGAUAUCUUCAAGCGUGCGGAAGCGAAUGAUAAUUGGGAAAACUUUAGCGAACUGCUCGAUUCAACGCCCCGCGGUAACUUUGGCAAUCUGGCGUUACAUUUCCUUUCGAAGGAAAUUCUACCACCGGUAAAAGGUUCGCUGCGAUGGAAUAAAAAUUCGGCCCUCGCGAGUGUGGAGCUUGCGAAGGGUGUGCUGAAGUAUAGUUCACCGCAGACGGAAAUCCGGGCACUUGUUGAGGGCCAGAUGUUGACGCGUAAAACGUACGCGACCGAGAUGGGUUUUAGCUUUGGGGAAAAUACGAAAAUACUUGCGACCGGUGGUGCAUCGGCGAACCGUUCUAUACUGCAGGUCGUAUCCGACGUGUUUAAUGCGCCGGUGUACACGCAGAAAACGACCGAGGCGGCAUUGAUUGGGGCUGCGUUUCGUGCCAAGUAUGUGCUGAGUGUGGCACGCGCGAGGGAAAACCCGUGCACCGAUGGUAAGGGUACGAUGAACGCGCCCGGACCGUACUAUGACUUUAUAGCAAAUCUGUUACCGCACUCGGUGACGCGCGUGUGCGAUCCGAGCAAGGAUAGUGAGGAAAUUUACGGUGCAAUGGAGGAACGAUACCGGGCAAUGGUUAGCUUCAUGAUGGAGCAGCAGGAUUAGUGAGCGGUUUUAAUGUGCGUUAAUUGUAAGCGUAAACACUACCCAGUUUUGGUCUACAUGAUAGCAAACAGCAAAGUGGCAAUUGUGCAAGAAAUAGCAAACAGUGAAAGCUUUUUUGAGCUAUAUUUUUAUAGCAAGUUUAUAGUUUUUUUUCUAUUUUUUUUCUACUGCAUUUUGAGUAGUACAGAUAGAGCUGAGCUGAAAAUUCCAUUAUUUUUUUAUUUUAUAAAAUAUUAAAAAAAAAUAUUUUAUUUUAGUAUAGUAGUCGCAUUUACAACCAAAAUUAUUUAUCUAAAUUAUAGCAAUUUUUACACAACCAGACAGCUACUUACACACAACUAGAAGUGGCGAAUCUUACAAAUUAAAAGAAUUUGUUGUGUUGCUAUCAUGUAGAUUAAAUCGUCUAACUUUAGGGACCAGCGUACUAACAAUGUUCAGACUUACACAUCACACAAUAAUAUGUGUCCCGAAAGGACUUUAAAAUCUUGAGCUUGGAUCAUGCGGCGGUCGAAAAAAAAAACCAACAAACACUCCCAAUUUUUAGCUUAAUCUACAUUCCAUAUCCGGUGAUAGCUAGUAGGCGCAUUUCGUGGUUUUACACACGCCCCCACCCAAGUGUAUAGGAGCAAGUAGUUAACGUAACAAAAUUGUCCUGUAAUGAUUUAUUAGACAAUAAUUAUUGUGCGCACGAGAGAGAGAGAUAAAGAGACGAUAAACAGUUACUUAUUUUAUUAUGCUCUUUGUUAUAUUGUACCAUUGCUAAAGCUUCUUGUUAUCGACUUCUAUUUUUUUUUGUCAAAUAAAUCACAAAUCAAUGACCAAGUACCCAA